AUGAGCGCAUCUGAUAUUGAGUUGGCGUCACCAUUAGCACCAAAAGAUCUCAUUGUGAAGAUUGUGGCCAGUAAUGCGAUUCACGGCUCGGAGGACAGGGCCUAUGCCAGAUAUUGUGCUGAAGAGUUGAGCUUGCUGCAUAAAGGUGUAGCACAGGAGACAUGGCAGAGUCAAGCGAUGGCAGUCAAAACGUAUACAGAUCUGAACACAGUCAUGAGGCUCAUUCAGCAGAGCCCGCACUUGUCGCGGCCAGAGAUACGCCGCGAACUCUCGAGCACGUUUGCAACAGCGACAGUUGCCAGCUUGAACAGCUCCAUCAACUUGGCACUACGUCUAUGGUUGAUGAUCAAUUUUCAAGACAUAAGAUUCGAGACGCUACGACACCAAGCGACUUGCAUUGAAUGGAACGAGUCUUCUACCUUGCACGCACGUGUUGCGGAGCUGUUUCCUAAAGCUCGGUGGGAUGUUAGCGCAGCUACGAGCCGGCUCGGUCCAUACUUCACGGCAGUCUUCCUGACCCAAUGGGACCUUGAGGAUUUUCCCGUACAAAUCCCACCUCAGUCAUCUACUAACCAGCGAUCAGGUGAACGUCAAGUAAACGUGCUGCGGGAAACUCUUCUCUCUCUCGACCUUCUAUUUCCAAUCCGGGACCAUGCGACAUCACAGCUGCUAGAAGACCACAGGCAAAGCUUCCAUGAGAGUGGCCCAUUCUUAGCCCAAAGCUCGACGUUGACUCUUGGCGAUUUCGAUUACUGGCGUGACAGGCUCCUCGAACUUCGUGAGGUCCUGGAUGCGCCACCAGUGAGCUGGCAACAAUUGUACAGAGACCGUCGAAACCCACAGCAAUUCUGGACGUUCUGGAUCGCACUGUUCAUAUUAGCUCUGACGUUGCUCUCUUCCAUUGCGAGUCUUGUGCAAGCAUGGGCUUCUCUCAAAGCUCUCAAAAUGGCACAGCAUCUAAGUGCAUAA